AUAAAUUGUUUCAGAUCAAACUAAAAUGUAAGAAAAGACCGUGGUACUGAAGACCAAAAGGAAGACCAGAUUUGUUGAAUUUAACAUGGCGGAUAAAAGUAACAGAUCAGCUGAUUGCUGAUUAUAACAUGGCGGAUAAAAGUAACAGAUCAGCUGAUUGCUGAACAAAACAUGGCGGAUAAAAGUAACAUAUCAGCUGAUUGCUUAAUUUAACAUCGGAUAAAAGUAACAGAUCAACUGAUUGCUGAAUAUAUCAUGGAGGAUAACACUAGCAGAUCAGAUAAUGCGUCUGAUCUGAAUGAUAUGGAGAGAACAAAAGCAAAAUGGUUGACAGAACAGGAGUUUAUAAAGUCGAAAGUCGUUACUCUGGAUGACAGGGAUUGGGAUUCUAGAAUGGAAACUAUAUUAGUUGGAGGUCUUGACAUUUCAUUCAUAGUUGGUGAUGACGUAAAUGCCUGUGCUUGUUAUGUUGUUGUAAACAAGAAACUGGAAGUAGUUUAUCAGAAAACCAAAAUGGUUCAGAUGACCGCUCCUUAUAUACCUGGAUUCCUGGCCUUUAGAGAAGCAAACUUUCUCUGUGAUUUAGUUCAGGAACAGGAAUUAGAAAAUCCGGAAGUGAGUCCUGAUUUACUGAUGUUAGAUGGGAAUGGAAUAUUGCAUCCGAACCGGGCAGGAAUUGCUUCACACCUAGGUGUACUCUUAGGGAAACCUUGCAUUGGUGUAGCAAAGAACCUUCAUAAACUACCAGAGCUGGAGCAUGUGACCAAUGAAACAUUAGCAAAGAAACUUAACAAAAAGGGAGAUAUCUACAUGUUGAGCUCAGUGGAGGGUGAGAUACUAGGCGCUGCGGUUAGAACAGGAGAAACCUGUGUGAACCCUGUAUUCGUAUCGGUAGGGUCAGGAAUAUCCCUAGACUCUGCCGUUAAACUCACUCUAACCCUAUCCAAGUACAGAAUUCCUGAGCCCACAAGACAAGCGGAUAUGAUUUCAAGAGAGUUUCUUCGAGUACACUAUCCAACAGAACGACAGCUACAGCCAACCAAGAAACACAAAGAGGGAGGCCGGAAAUCGACGAAGCGUGGAUCAACAAACGAGUAAAACACCAGAAAAAUCAUUUAGUCUGAAGUUUAAGAAUAUAAAAGUUGUUAAAAUGUUUUUUCUUAGGCCUAGCGCUAGAUAUCAGAAUUAGUAAACAUAAAUUAUUUAAUUUGAUAUUUAUUGAAAACAAAUUGUAAUUGAUAAAUGGAUAUUAACUAUAUUGUUAUUUAUAAGUUAAACUUGCAUGAUUCACACAAAAAGUAACAGAAUCGAAUAUUUUCAGA